AUGCCGAGCCCGAAGAUUUCCAGAAUUCGCUGGACACCCCAGGAACGACAGCGGCUUCUUCAUAUCAAGAAUGCUUUCCCUGAUUUGACCUGGAGACAGAUUCAGGCGAGAAAUUUUCCGGAUCGCACCCCGCUUGCGCUCUGCAAAGAAUACUCCGUAAGCGACAACCCCGUCUUCCUCAUCGUUCUUACAUUAUGCCCUACUGAUAUCUUCAAGUCCUCAAGGAUCAUCGGUUCUAAGAAAGCCGAUGUAAAGCCCAAUAGAUCCAACACAAAGAGCAUGAACGGAGUGCCUAAACGCGGCCGUGGCCCUGGAGAGGACAUGGGCAAGCGCCCUCAAAAACAGGCCAAGACCAGCCAAAAUGACACGGAUGAUUGCUCGGAAUCUCAUUCCUCUGGUGAUGAAAGUAGCACAAGUGAUCAAACCGAUUGGGAAUUAGGGGAUAUUGACCACACGGUUGGUAUGGUUAGCCCGAGGACUUCCCACGGGCUUCGAAGCAGGCCUUCCAACCAGCUCAGUGCCUCAGGCAUAGUUUCGAGUUCUAACAGGGCUCCGGUCACAGAAUCUGCUGGCCUGAGUACUCGCUCUUCCCAGAUGAUGACCGUACCCCAGGGACCGAAUGAGCUGUCUAAGACAGCUCCAGUGACGUCGCGAAAGUCUCCAAGCGCAUCACCUUCACUGAGCCGCGACUCUACCCCACAACCGCAAGAUCCGGUGCAUAAAUCCUCGUCGCCAAAGCCGCAAAUGCUCCCUCCGCCUGCCCUUGCCCCUUCUAUUCUGCCUGUAUUCGGUGAAAAUGAUAUGCCAGAUGAUAUUAUCUCAAUGUUCCUGAUGAGAGCCAGUGUGGCUGUCAAGCAAUAUGCUUCAGAGCGUGCCCGUGCUGAUCAGCACAAAGCAGAAGCUGUGAGCUUCCAACAAGAGAUCAAGCAACUAAAAGACUUGCUGGCAGAAAAGGAGAACCAGAUCACCAACCAGGAAAAGCAAGUGAAGGAGCUGAGCGACAGCGUCCAGAAGCAAAAGGAAGAGCAUGAGAAGCAGACAAAUCAGAUCAAGGGACUGGAGGCUGAUUUGCAGCAAUUGAGAGAGAGUCGUGAUGCUGAUGGACCAAAGAAGCCACCGUGCAAAACUUGCAUGGACAAUAUCCAGCUUACCGAGAGCCUUGCUGAACUCCGUCGUUGCCUGAAGAUCUAUGAAGAUACACACAAGGCAGCAGGGACUGCUUGUGCUUGA